CUCUGUCGGGGCACAGCCCUCCUCUGGGCACGCAAUCACCCUGCCGGGUACUGCCCAGCUUCCUUUCCAGUCCAACCGGUUUACAGACCGGUUCAGCUGCUGGGCUGCUGGAGAUGCCAGAGGGCCCAUCAGUGAGGAAGUUCCAGCUGCUGACCUCCCCUUUUGUGGGUCAAGUGGUGGCCAAGGUGGGGGGAAGCAGCCGGAAGCUCAGUGUGAAUGACCUGAAUGCCCUGAGGCUCCAGGACUCCCAGGUUCAUGGGAAGAACUUGUACCUGGCAUUUGUGGCAGCUGAAGGACCCGUUGGACCAACUGGAGAAGAGACGGUGCUGCAAAGAGAGGCUGCUUGUGGGGCACACUGUCCUGCCCAGGGACAGCAAGGACAGGAUGGUGCUCCACAUCCCCAUUCCCAGGAUGAGGAGCUACAGGAAGCCCAGCAGUCAAGAUCUGAAGCCCCAGAGGCAGCAGAGGGUCGGGGCAAUUGGCUGCGCAUCCACUUUGGCAUGUUCGGCAGCGUCCGGGCAAAUGAGUUCUCGAGGGCAAGCAGAGCCAAUAAAAGGGGGGACUGGAAGGAUCCUGUGCCCAGGCUGGUUCUGCACUUUGAGAGUGGAGGCUUCCUGGUUUUCUACAACUGCCGGAUGCUCUGGUGUUCCUCUCCGAGGGCUGAUCCUGCUUCUGACAUCCUGUCUGUGGAAUUCCACCGUGGCCGGGCGCUGCGUGCCCUCUGUGCACCCAAUCCCGUCUGCUACACCCUCCUAGACCAAAGAUAUUUUUCAGGGCUGGGGAACAUCAUUAAGAACGAGAUCUUGUACCUGGCCAGGAUCCACCCGUUAACACCAGGCUCCCUCUUGGCUCUCUCAGAUCUGGAGCGUCUGCUGGACUGCGCCGUUCAGUUCAGCUCUGAGUGGCUGCACAACAAACUGCGUGGCCAAGGGCUGCACCCCCAGGUGUACCAGAAGGAGCAGUGUCCCCUGGGGCAUGCCCUCAUGAAGGGCACUUUUGGACCCUCGGGUGGCUUCAAGAGACUUACGUGGUGGUGCCCUCAGUGCCAGCCUGCGGUGCUGCCAGGGGAUGGAGACCCUUCCCCAGUCACUGAGUGAUCUGUCCUGCAGGGUGCUGGGUGGUCUCUGAUCCAUGCUCUUCAUUGUCCUAGAAGGUCUCUGUGGUUUCUUUCAGGCUGUUGAGUUUGGUCCUUAGGGAGCUGGCAGAGUUAAGCGCUCAGUGGAGGUCCCAGGUCCCCUGAGUGGCUGCAGAAAGGAAAAGUCUGUCCAUGGGUUUUUUUUUUUUUGUCACAAUGGCACAACAGUGUAGAGUUUGACCAGGUUUGAGGUGCAUUGGUCACCCUGUUCAGGUGGCAGUGGAUGGGAAGUGUAAAGGGUUGAGCAGGGGAUUGCUGUGGUCUGAAGUGACCCUGUCCCUUGACCCUGCAGGAGUCAGCAAAACAGAGGAUAUCCCUCUGCUUAAACAGCUUGAUUAAUUAGGCAUUAAAUAAUCCCGCCUCUCUCUGGAGCUGAAUACCUGUGUGCUGGGCUGUGAUUGGGUGUGGUUAAACGUGAGGGGCUGUUCCCUGUGUCAGAUCUGACAGGAACAGCUCCUUCCUUCCAUGUCAACAUGUACAAAAUAUAUGUCAGUAGUGCUUGGUGGAGCUCAUCUCUGCGCCCACAGGUUUCAGCUUUGUGGCAAUCUGCCAAUUCCAGAUCUUGCUGUAAAAUUAAACAAAAAUACAGUGUGUGACAGGGUGCAUAAAACUCAGGAUCUCCAAGGAAACCUGAAAGCAGAAAGGUUUGGAAAUAGACCUGUGUCUCUAUACACUAGGUGGGAACUGCUGCUGUCCUCUCUCCCUGGAUUUGAGUUUAUUUUAAUAAUAAGUUGUUGACUUGAGCAAAAAAAAAAAAAAAAGCUGGAAUUAGAAUCAGUGAUGUUCAUCUCAAGUGUGUCCUUUCUGGUAGUUUCUUGUUAAAAACUGGGCUGUACGUGGAAAUUCCAGCUGCCUGGAAUUGGUUAACAGCUACCUCUUUGGUGCUGCCUGUUGAGGGUGGUACCAGUGACUUUCCUUAGCUGUGUAAGUGGUCUUAUUAAUGGGAACCGGAUUUAAAGAUGGAUUGCAAAUCAGCUGGGAAUGCUGGAGAUAAACACCUCUCUUGUAGGCAGCUGCUUCCUAGGUAGGACUUGCACAGCCUCUCCCCUGUGAACUGCAAUGCCUUUGAGUGGUUGCACGUUAUGGAAUUGCUGAUUAAACCAAUUAAUGGGGUUAUGGGGCCAAAGAAGGGGGUUAAUGUCCCUUCUGCAGGGUGUUGGCCAAGUGUCCGUCCAAAACAAAGAAUCACAGAAUAUCCUGAGCUGGAAGGGACCCACAAUGAUGAUCAAAGCCCAACCUCUAGAAGAAAACCACUCACAAAAAAGAAUGCCAAAAGCUGAAUCUUGCACUUUGAAGGAUGAGGAUGGAGCUGGGUAUGUGUUGGGUUGUCAGCACAGGAAGGAUGUGGACUGUUGAAGCAAGUCCAGAGGAGGCCAUGGAGGUGCUCUGAGGGCUGGAGCCCCUCUGCUAUGGAGACAGGCUCAGAGCUGGGGGUGCCCAGCUUGGAGAAGGCUCCAGGGAGACUUCAGAGCCCCUUUCAGUGCCUAAAGAGGCUCAAGAGGGAUGGAGAGGGACUUUGGACAAGGAAGAACGGCUUCCUACUGCCAGAGCACGGGGGCUAGAUGGGAUACUGGGAAGGAAUUCUUCCCUGUGAGGAGGAGGUGGGGGCUGGGAUGGAAAUCCCAGAGAAGCUGUGGCUUCUCCAUCCCAGGCAGUGUCCAAGGCCAGGUUGGACGGGGCUUGGAGCAACCUGCGAUAGUGGGAGGUGUCCCUGCCAUGGCAGGGGGUUGGAACUGGAAGGUCUUCAAGCUCCCUUCCCACGCCAACCCUCCCGUGCCUCCAUGGCGGCUCCGCUCCCCUCACGCUCACGCGAGGGAGUUCGGGGCCGCC